AUGGAUCAUCCAACAGAGAGAGAGAAGAUGCUCCGCGGGGAACUUUACCGUGCCUUCACCCCGGAUCUCAUCGCUGCUCGGUCUCGCUGCUCUCGUGCCUGUCGCCGCUUCAAUAGUAUGGAGGAGGUGUCUCGUCGACGUCAGGUCGAGUUGUGGAAAGAUAUCACAGAAGACACAACUCCCCUCCCACCGAUGCAGGAGAGCCCCGAGGAGGACGAUGCGUUGUUUGAAAACGAGCCCUGGGUGGAACCGCCGAUCCGCAUGGACUACGGAUUCAAUGUGAAGCUGGGAGAGGGCGUGUUCAUCAACCACAAUUGUGUAAUCAUUGAUACCUGCGUGGUGAGCAUCGGCGCGCGCACCCUCUUCGGACCGAACGUCCAUCUGUACAGUGGAACCCACCCCUUAGACCCGGCCCUGCGCAAUGGCACCAAGGGCCCCGAGACUGGGAAGGAGAUCCACAUCGGUGAGGAUUGCUGGCUGGCCGGCAACGUGACCGUUCUACCUGGGGUGACUAUUGGGAAGGGAGCGGUUAUUGGAGCGGGGAGCGUGGUCACAAAGUAG